CACGUUUUCUUUCUCCGUUCGUCAACAUGUCGCGCACGUCGUGCAGUGCCUAAGUGCAUCCGCAAAAAAUCGUGAAAUUCCGCGUAAAUUGUGCCCAGUUCCGUGCGAAAAAGUCCCGCAACGAUGGCCAUCGAAACGAUCCACAAGGCCGGUGCGCUCAAGCAAACCAACAAGUCGCACAAACAUGGCAAACACGCAUCCAAGCGUGCCCUGGACCGCGUCGCAAAAGGUAAGACGAACGUCAAGUCGGUGACGAAGCGGCCGAACCGGGAGCUGGGGCGGGAGGAUCGGCGCCGGCAGGCGAACCAGAUCCGCAAGAAUAAGCGACAGGAAGCGAUUGCGCUGAAGAGGGCGAUUGGAGGGGCGACGACGGCACCGUUUUUGACGUGUGUGAUUCCGUUGAACGGGAAUGUGGACCCGAACUCGGCGUUUGCGAUUAUUGAGAGCUGCGACGAGGAGGCCACCGUGCAGAAGGUGUCGGAGCGGGUGCGGUACAUGAACGUCCCCCGAUUCCGUCAACGGUUCUCGUUCCUCUGCCCGGAGACGGGACACGGUCGCGAGUUGAGCGUGCUGGAUUCGCUGAAGGUUUGCGACUCGACGAUUUUGUUGCUUUCGGCGACCGAAGCCGGAGGCGAGGACGUGAUUGACCGGGCCGGAGCCAAGCUGCUGAACAUGGCGCUCAGUCAGGGUCUGCCAACGCCGAUGGUCUGUCUGAUGGAUCUGGAGUCGAUUGCGCCGAAGAAGCGCGGCCAGGUGAAGAACGAUGUCCAGAAGGCCAUCGCGAGCGUCCUGCCGGAUGAGAAGAUUAUGACGUUGGACUCGAAGACGGACGGGUUGAAUCUGUUGAGGCGCGUCGGAGGUCAGAAGAGAAAGAUUCUGCACAAUAAGGCGAAUCGGCCGCAUCUGUUUGGCGAGAAGUUGGAGUUUGUUCCGGAAAUGGGCGAGGAAUGCGUUGGAACGCUGAAGGUUACCGGCUUCUUGCGUGGAGUUCCGCUGUCGGUCAACCAGCUGGUGCACAUUCCGGGGCUGGGCGAUUUUCAAAUGUCGGAAAUUUACGCGCCGGAAGAUCCGUACAAAAUGCGCAAGAACGAUGAGGAGAUGUCAUCCGGGGAGAUGAAGCUGCUGGCUAAGGCCGAUCCGGCGAAGCAGACAAGCUUGCAGAAGGAGAACAUUCCGGAUGCGAUGGAUGCGGAGCAGACGUGGCCAACGGAGGAGGAAAUCGAAGCUUCAAAGAGCGAGAACAAGAAGAAGCUGAUCAAGCGGAUUCCGAAGGGCAUGAGCGAGUACCAGGCGGCGUGGAUUCCGGAUAUUGAGGAAGUGGACGGAGAGGAUAAUAGCGACGAAGACGACGACGACGAGGACGACGAAGAAGAGGGCGAAGAUGAUUACAUGUCGUGCGCUUCGGAUUCCGAGAGCAAAAUCGGAGACAAAUCCGACGAAGAAGAUGAGGAAGAGUACGACGAAGUCAGCGUUUCGGACGGCCCGGUUUCGGCGUCCAAGUACGACAAGGACAUGGACAUGGAAGAGGAGCGGCGCUCGCUGGCAAAGCUUCAAGCUGCCAAGGACGACGAAAUCUUCCCGGACGAGAUCGACACACCAGCGAACAUCCCAGCCCAGGAGCGUUUCCGCAAGUAUCGCGGGUUGGAAUCGUUCCGCACGUCCCCCUGGGACGUCAAGGAAAAUCUACCUCUGGAUUACGCCCGUAUCUACCAGUUCAAAAGCUUCGAUCGCACCAAGAGGCGAAUCAUCAAGGAAGCCCAAGAAGUCGAUGACGGAGUCAUGCCCGGUUGGUACAUCGAAAUUCACGUGAAGAACGUUCCCCAGGCCGCCUGGAACGCCCACUGCUCGACCGGAACCGGCGAAACCCUCGUCCUGUACGGCCUCCUCCCCUACGAGCACCAAAUGUCCGUGAUGAACGUGUGCCUCAAGCGCACCCCCAACUCCACCAUCCCACUCAAGUCGAAGGAACGCCUGAUCGUCCAGUGCGGCUUCCGCCGGUUUAUCGUCAACCCCAUCUUCAGCCAGCACACCAACGGCGACAAGCACAAGUACGAGCGCUUCUUCCGACCCGGAAUGACCGUCGUAGCGACCUUCUUCGCCCCGAUCCAAUUCCCCCCAGCCCCCGUCGUCUGCUUCCGCGAAAACCCCGACACCUCCCUCGGCAUGGUCGCCUCCGGCAGCGUCAUCCACUGCAACCCGGACCGCGUCGUCCUCAAGCGAGCCGUCCUCAGCGGCCACCCGUUCAAAAUCCACCGCAAGUCGGCCGUCAUCCGGUACAUGUUCUUCAACCCGGACGACAUCGAGUACUUCAAACCGUGCAAGCUGCGCACCAAGCUGGGUCGCCUAGGACACAUCAAGGAAUCGCUCGGAACGCACGGCCACAUGAAGUGCAUCUUUGACGCGCAGCUCAAGUCGCACGACACGGUCAUGCUGUAUCUGUACAAGCGAGUUUUCCCCAAGUGGACGUACGAGGACUGCGUUGUGUCGUGUCCGUACGAAACCUGUCCGAAGGCCGGCACGAGUGGAGCGGUGGCGGUGAAGGAGGACGAGGAGAUGCAGGAGUAGAGAGGUAGGUGAUUGAUCUACUUUAUUCUUUGGGCGGAAUUGAUUGUUGAUUGCAAAUUUAUAAUAUAAACAGUGUAUUGAACACCAA